AUGAGCAGUGCCAAUGAAGCACCUCCGGACAACUUGGUCAACUUUGGCUGUGGACAUCCGGAUUAUGCCCUGUUGCCCGUCGAUGAGAUUGCCAGUGCCACGCAACAAGCUCUACUGGACGAUCCAAACGGUCGCAAGUGGCUUCAAUAUGGUCGCGAGAAUGGAAAUUAUCCGGCGAGAGCGGCCAUUGCAGAAUUCUUGACGAAUCUGUAUCACACGGACAGCACGAGCCAUGCGAUCGACCCAGAGACCCUGUUUGUGACGAGUGGUGUGUCUCAUGGUAUCCAGUUAACUUGUCGUACGUUGGAUCGAGUCCAUCGACAACGACAACAAGAAGAUGCCAAUGAAGCUCCUUUGUGUUGGGUCGAGGAUCCUACCUAUUUUCUCGUUCCACCGAUUUUUGAGCAAGCAGGAUACGAAUUGGAGGCAGUGCGUACAAGUCCAGACAAUGGUUUAGAUUUGUCGGAUUUGGAGACGAAAAUUCGAGCAGCUCGUACGGCAUCUCCUGAUCGCUUGCUGGUGCUAUAUUGCAUACCGAUUCAUCACAACCCACUGGGAGUUUCGUUAUCGGAAGAAACGCGAACCCAACUGAUCCAUCUGUGCAAAGCAAAUGAAGUCUACCUCAUUGCGGAUGAAGUCUACCACGGAUUGGGCUUUCCUGGAACCACUUCUUCUCCCACGGCCAUGGCUAUGCGAGGUUCUUCGCCGUACAUCGUCUCUGUAUCCGCCUUUACCAAACUCUUGUGCCCUGGCAUUCGCUGUGGUUGGAUUCAAACGAGCAACCGUGACUUGCUACAUCAGAUUGGACAAGAAGGUGUGCUGGAUAGUGGAGGAUGUUCGAGUCAAUUAUCCUCGGGAAUUGUUCGACAACUGAUCCAAAAUGGCAAGCUUGAUUCCUAUUUGGCAGCCCUACAGGCGGAGUAUGCCAAGCGAUGUCAGCAUUUGUGUCAACUGUUACAGGAUGUAUCGGAAGGGUCGGAAUAUCCCUUUCAAUUCGACUUUGCAGUGCCCCAAGGUGGCUACUUCUUGUAG